AUGUCCUCGGUGUUUGGAAAACCCCGCGCGGGCAGCGGGCCGCAGAGCGCGCCCCUCGAAGUCAACCUGGCCAUCCUGGGGCGCCGAGGGGCCGGCAAGUCCGCCCUGACUGUGAAGUUUCUGACCAAGAGGUUUAUCAGCGAAUACGACCCCAACUUGGAGGACACCUACAGCUCCGAGGAGACUGUGGACCACCAGCCCGUCCACCUGAGGGUCAUGGACACUGCAGACCUGGACACCGCCAGGAACUGUGAGCGCUACCUGAACUGGGCCCAUGCCUUCCUGGUGGUGUACAGCGUCGACAGCCGCCAGAGCUUCGAGGGCAGCAGCAGCUACCUAGAGCUGCUCGCCUUGCACGCGAAGGAGAGCAGCUUCCCUGCCCUGCUGCUGGGCAACAAGCUGGACAUGGCCCAGUACAGGCAAGUCACCAAGGCAGAGGGUGUGGCCUUGGCAGGCAGGUUUGGGUGCCUGUUUUUCGAGGUCUCUGCCUGUCUGGACUUUGAGCACGUGCAGCACGCCUUCCACGAGGCAGUUCGAGAGGCACGGCGGGAGCUGGAGAAGAGUCCCCUGACCCGGCCCCUCUUCAUCUCCGAGGAUAGGGCCCUGCCCCACCAGGCCCCGCUCACCGCCCGCCAUGGGCUGGCCAGCUGCACCUUCAACACACUCUCCACUGUCAGCCUGAAGGAGAUGCCCACCGCGGCCCAGGCCAAGCUGGUCACCGUGAAGUCAUCCCGGGCCCAGAGCAAGCGCAAGGCACCUACCCUGACCCUCCUGAAGGGCUUCAAGAUCUUCUGAGGACCCCUCCCCAGGAACCCUGGGCUCGGUGGCU